AUGACAAAAACAAUAAAUAAGUUCAAAUUACGUGCUUAUAGAUUAAGACUAAAAGAGAUAGAAUUAAUAUUGAGGUUUUUAACAUUAUAUACAAUAAGGAUAAUAGACAUAUAUUUUCAUAACUUCUACAUAAAUAUAAUAACUAGUGUUGUUAGUAAUCCAUUACAAGCUGAUGUAGUAGAAAUUAAUGAAGAAUUAUAUGAACUUAAAUCAUAUAAAAAACAGGGAAAUAGAUUUUAUAAGAAUAUUGAUGAACACAUAAUAAUACUGAACCAUAAAGGAGUACGAUAUAUUUAUGAUAACAAGAAAUUUAAAACACCCGAGAUUGAAUAUGUUGAUUUAUUAAAAAAUAAAGAUUAUAAAUUAGAAAAUGAAUAUUUAGAGGCAAGAAGAUUUCUAUUUGGAGAUAACGUAUCAAAAACACAGAGGGUGACAUAUUUUGAUGUAGUUGAAGAAGUAUUUUUAAGUGUUGAAACACUUUGGUAUGUAAUUGCAAUAUUUAUUUGGUAUAAAUCAGGCUAUGGAAUAUAUGCAUCAGUAUCAGCAGUUCUUCAUACAUGUUCAAUGAUAAUAGAUAUCUAUCAAGGUAUUAAAAAUAUACCAAAAUACAAGGAUGAGGAACUAGAGGAUAUAGAAGUCUAUAGAAAUGGAAGUUUUAUUACCAGUAGAGCAGAUAAAGUGUAUCCAAAUGACAUAGUAAAGAUAAAGCCCACUAAAUCAUUAUUUGCGGACAUAAGAAUUAUACAUGGAAGCAUACUGAUGUCAGAGGCACACUUGACAGGGGAAAGCAUUCAGAUUAUGAGGUUUCCAGAUGAAAGUGUACAUGCAGGAAGUGAAAUAGUUAAUUCAUGUUCUAAAGAUAAAAGGGCGUAUUCAUUACUUGAGAAUGAAUGUUAUUCAAUUGGAGUAGUAACACACACCGGUAGUAUGACAAUUCAAAAUCAACUUCUUUAUUAUAUAACUUCUAAAGGGACAGUUGAUAAUUCAUUUAAAAAUUCAGUAAUUAAUGUUUAUAAGAAAAUGCUUAUUAUAGGAUUAAUUCUUUGUGUUUGUAGUUUUGUGAGGAUGUUAAAUUUAAAGUUUUCUUUUAGCGUUGCCUUUUAUGAGAGUUUAGACUUAUUUAUUAAUUUAUUAAAUCCUUCUAUGCUUAAUUCAAUUUCUGCUAACACAUCACUCUUUAAGAAAAAGUGUAAUGAUUUUAAUAUUAUAGUUAGAGAGAGUGAUAUGAUUAAACAGGCUGGAUUAUGUAAUACAGUUGUUUUUGAUAAAACGGGUGUUCUUACCUACAAUAAACCAGAGUUCUAUGCUUUUGUUAAUAGGGCAGGAGAGAUAACUUUUACUCCACUAGAAUGUGAAGAUCUUGUUGAGAUGUGCUUUCUUUGUUGUCACACCCUACAGAGUCUUAAUGAAGGAGAUGAGAUUGAUCAGGCCAUGUUUAGUGUAACAGGGGCUAAAAUUAUUAAUGAAGGUCCUAAUAGGAGUAUAAUGACUUCAUCUGGUAAACAUCUUCUGAUUAAUAAGAGUUAUCCAUUUAAUUCUUUUACAGCUAAACAGAGUUGUGUAGUUGAUUAUGAUGAUAGGGAGUUUAUUUUAUGUAAGGGUGGUCUCACUGCUGUUAUGGAAGAUGAUCUACCUGAGGAUAUUGAAGAAUUGUCUAAAAAGUAUGAAAGACUUGGUUUUAGAAUAUUAACCAUUUUAGGUGAUGAAAGAGAACCAACUUAUGAUAGAGAUUUAGAUGAGGUGGGUUUGGAAUUUUUAGGAUUUGCUUUAUUUACUGAUAAAAUUAGAGAGGAUACACAAGAUGUUGUAGGUGAGUUGUUGUCUUCAAAUAUUGGAAUUAAUAUUUGUACAGGAGACUCAUUAGAUGCAACUAUUUCUGUGGCAUCUGAAAUUAAUAUUUGUACGAGAGAAAACAUUCAAAUUAUUGAUGAAGAUAAUUAUCAAAUUCUUCUUAGUGAUUCUAAAGGUCUUUUUGCUAUUGAAGGAGACUCAUUAGAUGAAUUAAAACUUGAUUCAUUUUUACCUGAAAUUAUUAAACGUACUGUUAUAUUUGGAAGAUGUGAUCCUAAACAGAAACAAAUGGUUGUUAAUUUACUUAAAGAUAUGAAUAAGAAUAUUUUGUAUGUUGGUGAUGGUGACAAUGAUUUAGCUGCCAUGGCUGAUGCUAACGUUAGUUUAUCACUUACAAAGGAUACUAGAAUGGUUGUUUCAUCAUUUAUUUCUUCUGAAAUUAAGUCUGUUACUAACAUUCUUAAGAUUGGUAGAACAUCAUUAGCUUCAAUUUACUCUUGUUUUAACUUUUGUGUUUCUUCUACCUUUGUUUCUUGUGGUGCUAUCCUUUCUACAAUUUUUACUGGUACUUGUUAUUCAGAUGCUAUUAAUUUAUAUCUUGAUUUGUUUACAUUCUAUUUGUGUCCAUUUAUAUUAAGUAUUAAUGAUGUGGUUAGUAGAAUUGAUUCAGUUUCAUGUCAUUUUAAUUUUGAUAAAGCUACAUUGUUUUUGGGUCUUGAAUCAUUAUUUUAUUCUAUUAUUUUCUUUGUGAUUUCAUUUUAUACAAGAGAUUCUAGUAUUCCUCAAGCUAAUGAUACAACUAUAAAUCCAAAAGGUUGUAAUAUUUCUAUUAUAUUCCUUGGUAACUUUUAUCUCGGUAUAUACAGUUUAGCUUUUAAUAGUAAAAUUGGUAGUAUUGGAUUAUCUAUUUUCAAUUCUAGAAUUCCUUUAUUAGUUCUGAUUAUAUCAUCUUAUACAUUUAUUAUUUUAGUUUUACUUUACUGUUUUAGUAUUUCUUGGUUUAAUAGUUUAUUCUUUAAUGAGAAAUAUUCAACAAGUACAACUGAUAAGUGUGGAUUAUUUAUAAUGUUUAUUUCUUUUUUUAUUAUUCAUUUAACUAGAUACUGUUAUUCUAGAUUCAGUAAGAAUUACAAUAAGACGUUUAAUAAAUCCAUUUAA